AUGGGGCUCUCGGUCAUUCAAGAACAGCACGAUGUCAUCCUCAACGAGAUCCGGAGCAUCACCCAAGGCGACUGGAAAUGUCUCAUCGUCGACGAAAACUCGCACAAGAUCUUGAACAACUGCAUCAAGGAAGAUGAUAUUCUCAACAACAAUAUUGCCACCAUCGAGCGCAUCGAGGACCGUCGCGAGCCGAACCCCGAGAUGGACGCCAUCUACAUCCUGACCCCCGACGCCCACAUUGUCGACUGCCUCCUCGCCGACUUCGAGGUCCGCCGCUACCGCAGGGCCUACCUCGUCUGGACCAACCUGCUCGAACCCGGCCUGCGACGGCGCAUUGACGACUUUCGCGGAAUUCGUGAUCUUCGCGCCAGCUCCAAAACGCUCUUUAGCGACUUUUACCCCCGCGAGUCGCAUCUCGUCAUCUUCCGCGACCCUUGGAGCUUUCCUAUGCUCUACCACCCAGCCUGCAACAACCUCGUCCCCAAGCACAUGCAAAAUUUAGCCCAAAAGAUUGCCGGAGUCUGCAUCACGUUGGGAGAGUACCCCAAAGUCCGCUUCUACCAGCCUCGCAACGCCAUCCACGAGGCCCACGUUCUGUGCAGCCACUUGGCGCGCUUUGUGCAGGAGGAGCUCGACGGCUAUGCUCAAUACAACAAGAACUUCCCGCCCCAAACGAACCGACCCCAAGGCGUGUUGCUCAUCACUGAUCGCUCGAUGGACUUGAUGGCUCCCCUGCUACACGAGUUCUCAUACCAAGCCAUGGCGCACGACCUUUUGCCCAUCAAAGAAAACGACAAGGUCACUUACCAUACAGUCAUCAACGCAAACACGCCAGAGGCUGAAGAAAAAGACAUGGAGCUCUCCGAAAGGGACAAGGUCUGGGUCGACAACCGCCAUCGUCACAUGAAGGACACGAUUGAUAAGCUUAUGGGCGACUUUCGAAAGUUCCUCGCUGAGAACCCACACUUUACCGACGAAAACGCGGAUCCCACCAACCUAAGUGCAAUUAGAGACAUGCUGGCUGGUCUACCACAGUUCCAGGAAAUGAAGGGAGCUUACUCGUUGCACCUUACCAUGGCGCAAGAGUGUAUGAACAUUUUCGAACGCAACAAGCUGCCCGAUAUUGCCUCGGCAGAGCAGACUCUUGCCACUGGUAUUGACGAAGACUUCCGAAAGCCGAAAAAUGUAUUGGAAUCCAUUGUCAGACUACUCGAUGACGAGGCUGUUCGACCACUGGACAGACUACGCCUGAUUAUCAUGUACAUUCUCUUCCGUGGAGGUAUCAUUAUGGAGGAUGUUCAAAAACUCCUGAACCAUGCCGGCCUACCUGUUCAGGACGGCGAAGUCAUAAGCAAUCUUGAGCUGCUGGGCGGCUCAGUCAAGCACCAGCUCAAAGAUCAGCGGCGGCCAUAUGUCGCCUUGUUCCCCAAAGAUCCAAAGGCGACCCAGUCUGACGAGGAAUCGUUCCUAUCACGCUUUGACCCUGCACUGAAACCUCUUCUCGAGCAUCUCGUCAAGGGCACAUUAGAUCAAGGAAUAUUCCCGUAUGUCAAGCCGCCUCUGGACCCCAACGAAGAAUUGCUCGCAGCGCAGGGAACCUCUCUCCGAGCAGGAAGACCGAACUGGGCCGCGGCGGGACGUCGCCAGCCCGAGAACAAACAACGCAUAAUUGUCUUCAUGGCUGGUGGUGCGACGUAUAGUGAAAGCCGCGUCUGCUACGACGUUGGCAGGCAAAAUAGCCGCGACAUUAUCCUCACAACCUCACACAUGCUGACGCCGCAAUUCUUUAUUCGACAGGUCGGUGAUCUGAGCCGCGACAAGCGGCAACUCGAUCUGCCACUCGACAGACCAAAGCCUCGCGCACCAGCACAUCUGUUUGAGCGCCCUGCGCCUCCCCGUGGCGUGCAACCGCCACCGGGGCAAGUACCACUGCAACAAGGUCGCGGUGGCGGUCGCGCGCCUCCUCCUCAAGGUGGUCUGCCGACCCGACCCGGACAAAGCGGCGUCCCCAAGGCACCGGCGCCACCCACCCAGGCCAUGGGCAACAUGAGCCUGAACAACCCACCCGUACUGCCGAGCAACGGUGGCGGCCCGCUUCCGGUGCCACCUUCAGUACCGGCGCCAGCGCCGGCGGACGGCAAGCUACACAAAGAGAAGAAGCGGAGAAACUUUCUGGGCAUGAAGAAGUAG